UCACCACCAUCAACCUUCUCCACACAAUAGUCUCUCCCUUUCCUCUGCUCUGUUCUCCUUUCUGAAGAAGAAGAAAGAAGAAACAGAAGCAUAACUUCCAGAAAAAUGGUGGGCAAGAGGGUCACCAUGAGCUUGGUGUGCUUCCUGCUUGGGGUUGUGGUGUCACACCACAUGAACGUUCCCGCUCUCUCUACUGCUGAAGAACUCCUCCCUGACAGUGUAUGGGAUGAAAGCGAAUGCAACGGUGCACCUCACCAUGGUCACACUGGCUGCGGCAACCCGCCAGGCGGGAGUUACGGGACUCCACGCUCAGGCGGAGGGGGUUACUACCACUCGCCCCCAAGCGGCGGACAACCUGGCGGCGGUUCCCUGACUCCUCCAUCUGACGGUGGCGGCUACUACCACUCUCCACCAACCUACAACCCACCUGCAACUGGCGGCGGCUCCCUGACUCCUCCAUCUGACGGUGGCGGGUACUACCACUCUCCACCAACUUACAACCCACCUGCAACUGGCGGCGGCGGCUCCGUUCCCGUCCUUCCACCACCAACCACCCCCGUCGACCCUAACAUCGGCUCGCCCUUCUUCUUCGGCACAUGCAGCUGGUGGAAACUUCACCCAGCUGCCAUAUACGGACUAUUUGGAGGGUACAUCGGCUCAGUGGCUGGUGUGUUCGGUGGUAUUUGCACACCAGUGUUCGGUCAUGACUUGACCCUGCUCCAGGCCCUAGCCAACCCCCGCACCGAUGGGUUUGGCGCGCUCUUCCGAGAGGGAACCGCUUCCUUCCUCAACUCCAUGGUUAACCACCACUUCCCCUUCACCGCCGAGGAGGUCAGGACCGGCUUCACUACUGCGCUCAUCUCCGACGCCGCGGCGGCAUCUCAAGCGGCCCUUUUCCAGCAAGCCAACGAAGGCCGCCUCAAGCUCAGACUGUAGAGAUCCGGCUGGCCGGAAAAAAAAAAAAAAAAAGAACUUGAUCAUUAGCCCCACAUUCCACCGUUCCAGUACUUGUUUCUGUUUGAUGAUCAUUUCCUUCUCCGUUAUGUCUGGUCUUUUUGUUUGUGCGCAUUUCAUGCAUGCUUGAUAGUUGGGCAGCCAUGAGUGCAAAAGCUUUGCGUGCCAUAAGCUGCCGUUUUGAGUGUUUCAAAUGUACGUUGCAUCUCGAAGGGCUUGUUUUAUGUUUGAUUGGGACAUGAUUUAUUUUGUUUAAUUUUAGAUUGUUGAACAUGCCAAGGCAGACUUCAAGAAUAUAUUGUUCUUUUCGUUCA